GAAGUUGGAUAAUGUGUUAGGGCCGAUUGCCAAUCUGCUUCCUCGUGGCGGUUUCCGGCUCUUCGUUUUCUGUUUUCAUCUCUCCAUCGAUCGCUCUUUCAUUCAAGAACCCUAACCCUACUCCUAUCGAACAAUCUAUUGCACGUACGAAAAGGAUAAUAUCAAUCAGGCAUGGCUCCUAAGAGGAUGUCGGCCAGGCGCAAGAAAUCGUCAUCAUCAUCAGCAACCACAGUUACCCUUGUUGAUCAUGAAUUACCGACAUCACAAGUUGAAACAGGAGAUGGAUUGAAACUCGAGGAGACAGAUACUGAGUUAUUAGGUCAGGUACAAGUAUCCAAUCCUAAUCCUGCUGAUAUUAACGUUGAUUCAACUAAAGGUGUUGCCGUUUCUUCCAAAUCGGUAAUUAAGGAGGAAGUGGUUUUGGAGAAUUGUGAAGUAGGUGAUGUGAGUGAAGCGAAUAUUGAGGUUGGUGGACCUGACGUGGGCAGCGAUAAGAUUAACGAAGAUUCAUGGCUGGAAAGCGAGGAUGUUGACAAUGGAAUCGUUUGCAUAGACGAUCAGAAAGAGGAUUUACGGCAAGGAAGUGAGAAUAUGAAUGAAGAGAAACAAGAAGCAGGAGUGGUUAAGGUCGAGGAUACAGUCGUUUGCAUCUAUGGUUCACAGUUGGAGACCGUGGAUGAAGAGAAACAAGAAGCAAGAGAGGAGACGGUUGCAGUUGCUCAAGAAGAGACAGGUGCUGUCAAAGUUGGUGAGUUCAAAAUACUUAAUGACAAUAACACUUCUCUAGUUGUCAAAGGGGAUGGUGUUGAGGAAGGAGAAAAAAUUGCAAAACUCAUCUCAUCUCAAGAAUCUAACAUCAGCAAAUCAUCUUGUAAGAAUGAUGCUGCUCUAGUUAUGGAUGAUGGUGGCAAUGGGGAUGGAAAGUGUACUGCAGAAAUGUUCUCCACUCAAGAAUCUGUUCAAGCUGUUAGCACCAAAGCACCUUGUGAGAAUAACACUGCUCUAAUAGUUGAAGACGAUUCCAAGGGGAAUGGGGAUGAUGAGGAAAGUGAUGAUGAUAGUGAGGGAGAUGAUACAGACAAUGAAGGUGAUGAAAAUCCUUCCAUAUCUGUUCAGGAUCCCCUCGAUAAUAAGAAAGAAAAGAACAUAGAAAUCUAUGUUGGAAAACUAAACAAGGAUACAGUUGAAGAAGAUCUGGUUAAUGCCUUCCAACAGUUUGGGGAGCUGGAAUCCACUAGAAUAGUGAGGAAUUCAACCACAAAUAAGAGCAAAGGGUUUGCAUUCAUCCGGUUUGCGUCUGUCGAUCAAGCGAAGCGUGCCCUUUCUGAGUUGAAAGAUGGAGUUGAGGUGAGGGGCAAGCAUGUAAUGAUAUCCGCAAGCCAGAACAAUGAUACACUCUAUUUGGGAAAUAUUUGCAAAACAUGGAACAGAGAGGAAGUGUUACAACAACUGAAACACUAUGGAAUCGAACAUAUUAAGGUGAUCCGUUUACCAGAAGAUCCCAGGAUUGAAGGGAAAAUUAAGGGCUUUGCUUUCUUGGAGUUCAGCGCACAUGCUGAUGCAGUAGCAGCAUUUCAACGACUCCGAAAGCCAGAUGCUAUUUUUGGGCGUGAUAUAAGUGCUAAGGUUGCUUUUGCACAAGCUCCUUUGGAUGAAGAUUUGUCACAGGUCAAACAGGUAUAUGUGGAAGGACUCACUAAAGCUUGGAAUGAAAAGAAGCUGAAGGAGAUUUGUGAAAAGUACGGUGAGAUUGAUAGAGUUAAGUUAUGCCUCGGCACACGGAUUAAAAAAGAUUUUGGGUUUGUCACUUUUACAUCUCAUGAAAGUGCUCUAGCUUGUGUGGAGGGGAUCAAUAAAGUUGGUGUUAGUGAACUCAAGAUUAAAGCGAGCAUCGCCAAGCCUCCACAUAAUAGUCAACUUCAGAAGCUGGUUUGUCGUGGGGGAUUCAAAGUUGAGAAGCAAAUUCAAGCAUCUGUAUUGAUUAAUGAGGAUGGAAUUUCUAAAGGAACUUCAGAAAUUAAAUCAUCAAAGACGAAAGGUGUUUUGAACUCCAGGCAAGCUAAAAGAAAUAGAAAAGAUUCCUCCAAACUUAAGCGUUCUUUUACUCAGAUUAAAGCCAGCAUUGCAAAUUCUCAACAAAAAGAAUUACCCAGAAAGCAGAAUUCUGGUGGCAAAAUCAAUGUUGAGAAGCAAAGUAAACUGUCCCCAUUGAAAAAAGACGGUGAAAGUUCUAAAGAAGCUGAAUUGUUGAAGAUGAAAGGCGAUUUAAACUCUCAACAGGCUAAAAGAAAAAGAAAAGCAUCCUCUGAGCAGAACUUGAAGGCUCCUCCUGGCUUGAGACAUGGUGGUGACAAGGGCACUCCGAAAAAACUAAAGGUUGGCAAUGAUGGUCAAAAUAGUAAAAUUGCCUCCAAAGCAGGAAGUCACAAAAGAAAGAAGUUCUCGAAUUAUGAAGGCCAUGAAGAUGGAGGUAACAGAAACACUCAUAACAAAAAACCCUUCAAGAAACAGAAAGGAAAUAUGCAUGGAAGGGAAAGAGAUAAUUCCAGGAACCCAACAAGUGACACUCAUCUUAGAAAAGGGCGUGAUGACUACAGAAACUCCCCCAGAUAUAUCGAUCCAUACACACCAAAACAUGCUGCAUCUCAUGCUUAUCAUCUAGGUCUCGAUUCAAUGUCUACAAGAUUCCACAUGGAGAUGGAACCACAUGCUGGAUACAUCGAACCUGCUUCUGCUAAGCAAAAUCUAUCGUAUUCAAGAUAUGUUCAGCCUGUAGCUCAAACCCUUCGCCAACAUCAGACUGUGUACCUCGAACCUGCUGCUGGAAGUCAGAGUCAACUUCAUUCAAGAUAUUUAGAUCGUCUGGCUACGACCCAAUCUCAUCAUAAGGGUUACAUCGAGACUGCUGUUGGACCUGAGGUUCAACCUUACAGAGGUUAUCGUCCAUCUGCAAUUGUACAGAUUGCUCAUGAUCCUUAUGACUCUCGGUUUGCAAGAGCUGUUCGACAUGAUGGUAGAUGUACCGGCGUUGCUUAUGUUGGAGGUCCAUCUCUUCCAGCUUCUCAACUUGGAAAUCACACAAGCUACUACCAGGGUGGUGGCACAAGUUACAGCGGAGGUUACGGUAGUAGUAGUCAGCAGCGGGCAUACUACUAACUACUGAGCGGCCAGAUGAAGACAUCUCCGAUGUUUUUGAUUGUUCCAUGAGGAGGCGUCAUUCUUUUUGUUGGUAUAAUAAUAUACAUUGCAUGUUCUGGAAACAGAAAUUACUGUCAAAUGUAAGGUAAAAUGAUCACAUUCAAAAUCUUGUUAAAGCUAUUAUGUAGAUGUUAAUAGA